AUGCCGUCGCCGUCGCCGUCCAUGGUGCGCGUGGUGUCAUCGCGCACGGUGGCGCCGCCGCCGCGCCCGCGCGAGCGCAUCCCGCUAACCUCCUGGGACGCCGCCAUGCUGUCCGCCAACUACAUCCAGAAGGGCCUCCUCUUCCACAGACCCUCUUCCUCGGCAUCCGCCCUCUCCACCGCCGCCGGCGUCGUCGACCACCUCGCCGCGGCCCUCGGCGACGCGCUUGUCUACUACUACCCCGUUGCCGGCCGCUGCGCCACCGAGCAGCACAGGGACGAACUUACCGGCGCCGUCGUUGGCUGCUCCGUCCACAUCGACUGCGACGGCCAGGGCGUGGAGGUCGUGCACGCCGUAGCCGACGGCGUGGCCAUGGCGGGCAUCGUCCCGCCCGACGCCGACGUGCCGCGCGACGUGCUGGCGCAGUUCUUCCAGCUCACCGACGCCGUCAACUACGGCGGCCGCGAGCAGCCGCUGCUCGCCGUCCAGGUGACCGACCUCGCCGACGGGGUGUUCGUCGGGUUCGCCUACAACCACGCGCUCUCCGACGGCACCGCCUUCUGGGACCUCGUCAACAGCUGGGCGGCCCUCGCGCGCGCCAGACUCGGCCUCGCCCCGGCGCCCCCGACGCCGAAGCCCUCGUUCGAGCGCUGGUCGCCGGACGGCGGCGCGGCGGGGCCGGCCGUGCUGCCGUGCGCCGACGUGUCGGAGCUCGUCGAGCGGGCGCCCCCGCUGGCGUUGCGCGAGCGGAUGCUGCACUUCUCGGCGGACUCGCUGGCGGCGCUCAAGGAGCGCGCGCGGGAGGAGCUCCUGGCCGCUGGGGACGCAGCCGGCGCCGCCGCCCUGACGCGGUUCCAGGCGCUGUCCUCGCUCUUCUGGCGCUGCAUCACCCGUGCGCGGCGGCUGGCGCCGGAGCAGGAGACCGUGUGCCGCGCCUCCAUCAACAACCGCGGGCGGCUGCGGCCGGAGCUGCCCAGGGAGUACUUCGGCAACACCAUCUACGCCAUCGGGACGGAGCCGGCGCGCGCCGCGGACCUCCUCGAGCGCGGGCACGGGUGGGCGACGGCGGCCGUGGGGCGGGCCGUGGCGGCGCACACGGACGCGGCCAUCAGGGCGCGCGUGGCGGCGUGGACGGCCAAGCCCAUGGUGUACACGCAUCGCUUCUUCGACCCGACCGAGACCUUGAUGGGCAGCUCGCCGCGGUUUGACAUGUACGGCUGCGACUUCGGCUGGGGGAGGCCCGUGGCGGCGCGCAGCGGCCGGGCCAACAAGUUCGACGGCAAGACGUCGCUGUACCCCGGCCGGGAGGGCGGCGGGAGCAUCGACGCAGAGCUCACGCUCACGCCGGAGAACAUGGCGGCGCUCGAGGAGAUUGAGGAGUUAUGGGCUGCCGUGACCCCGGACACGCCGGUGCUGGCGCCGGAGAAGAAGCCUUGA